CCUUCCUCUGGUCGUUGGGGGUGGAGAAAGGACGCCUGAUCUGGGGUGGAGCAGGCAGAAGAAAUCAAAAGUGAAAGCGAAGCUGGAGGGAGACAAGAAGAAGUGGGGAGGUGCAUCAACAUGGCAGAGUCAGAUGAGGAUUCCUUUAUCCAGCUUCCCAUUGAGAGCAUCUCAGCAAGUGGAUCUUGGGAGACGAUAGCUGAACAAACUGCGCGGGAGAUUAAGAAAUGUCAGGAUACAUGCAAAGCUUUGGAGAUGGACCGUUUGGCAUUGCAGGAAGGCAGAUUGGAGUGCGAGCAGGAAGCAUCCAAAUACCAAGAGGCAGCUGAGCUUCUCUUUACUAAACUCCGUCAGUAUGAAGAUAAAGUCCAUUCGCAGGGAUUAACAUUCAAGAAAAAGAUGCAGCAGCUGAAAGAAGAAGGAAAUCAGUUGCAACAGGAAAAGGAGGCAUUGGAAAAAGAACUAGAGGAGCUAGAGAGGGCUCAAAUUGUCCCAAAAGGUCUGCACAAGGUGGAAGCCAACCUUCCUGAGAGGAGUGUUGUGUUUAAAGGCCAUGUGGAAGAAGAGAAGACAGAAGGGACAUUGUCUGAUACAGUGGCAAUCCAGCCCCAGAUCCGAUGCCCCAUUCCUGGAGGGUCAGCUCUCAUUACUUUUGAGGAUCCUGAGGUUGCCCGUAAGAUCAUUGCAAUGGGGCAGCACCGGGUUCAACUGGAUGAGUGGACCUAUGUGUACGUGAAAGCCGAGCCAAUGACUUUGAUCUUGCCCUCAUCGGUGGAGAUUUCUGUGACACGGAGUCCCCGACAGAUCCUGCUAUCUGGAUUGCCCAGCCUUUCUAUCCCAGAGGACCGGCUGCUUGACAAGCUAGAACUGUUUUUCAGCAAACGGCAGAACAAGGGUGGUGAAGUGGAGCGUAUAGAAAGGUUGAGCGGUUCUGGCCACGUGGCAUUGACUUUUGCAGAGGAUGGAGUGGCUGAGCAUCUUGUCCGAAGAGGUCAGUUCCAGGUGCCCAUUGGAAAGGAGACCUACACAAUCAAGGUUUCACACCGUGUAAGCGGAGAAGUCUGCGAUCUACAGUUCCGCCCUUCUGCCUGUGCUCAGACUGUCCUGCUGUCAGGAAUUCCAGAUGUCUUGUGUGAGGAGCUGAUGCGUGAAGCCCUGGAGAUUCAUUUCCAGAAGCCCAGCAAAGGUGGUGGAGAAGUGGAAGAUGUUCUUUACAUCCCAGCAGGAGCCUCUGCAGUAGCUGUCUUCACAGAGGCAAAAGACUGAGUUGCCUCUGCUUUCCUGAGCCAGAGAAAGUGUGGUCUUCUCACUCAACACAAGCGGUGUCUAAAAUCUAUGGGGGAAGAAGAACAGAAACACUGAGGAUCUGGGAAUGGGAGGGAUGGAUUUUUGAUGGCUGAUAGUAAUAAAAAAUGUAGGAUAGCA